AUGACAAUCGUCCACAUGGUGAUGUUCAAAUUCCGCCCCGAAGUAACAGCCGAACACAAAGAAACUUUCGUCCGCGAACUUAAGAAACUCAAAAACCUCGACUGCGUCAAGGGCCAUCGCCUCCUCGUCGGCGGGCCCUCAGUCACCGAUCCGAUCGAACGGAGUAAAGGCUUUGAAUUCGCACUCGUCAGUUUACAUGAGAAUUUACAGGAGCUUGAAAAGUAUCAAGCUAGUAAGGAGCAUCACUGGGUUACGAGCACAUACAUGUUUCCGUACAAGGAGGAUCUGGUCCGGUUUGAUUUUGAGGUUGCGGAGGAGGAUGAGUAUAUGUGGCUAUAG